AUGACGCUUUUUAAGCGGUUUCUUGGCCCUUGCUUGGCCGUUUGCGCGCUUCUAGCGUAUGCGCCUCACAACGUUGAGGGGGAGGAUCUGCCGGAAGUUGCAGUAGGUAGAGGUGUCGGAGAAGUAGUGCACGUGCCGCUUGAGAACGCGGAAAAGGAUCUGUAUGAUGCAUUAAUUCGAAAUGGCCUCUUCAAGCACUUAGACGAUGCUCAGGCGGAGUUGCGCCAAAACUUUGGUACCUCGACUUCUCGUCGGAUUGCCAGGUGGUGGCAUGUGGCGCUGAUGCAUGAGCUGCGAAGUAAGCGAUUUCCAGAAUCGUGGAUUAGUGCAGCGGCAAAUAUGCAUAAGAAACUGGGUGGGCAGGGGGACUUCAUUGCUGCUCUGCACCCCGCCGGCUACCAGGGCAGUUCCUUGAAUGCAGCAAGUGGAUCGCAGCGCGCAGCUUUCCUGUCGCUUGCGUAUCUCUUCCUGACACUCCAUGUUCCACAGGAGUUGCAAAAUUGCGUCUAUGAAAAGAGCGAUGCUGCCAUUACUGAGUGCCUCGGUAGGUAUACAGAGGCCGUGCAGUCUGCCCUGUUUUCGACUCUGACGAGUUACUUCCAGUAUAUCCCCCCCCAGUACUCCGCUUCCCGCAUCCCAGCUGUUGCGUUUGUCCUUGCUGCCGUGUCUCCCUGCCCUUUCGGAUUUAUGGCAGAACCUGCCUUCAUAAAAGCGGCAUUGACAGGUGGCAGUGCGGCAAGCAUCAAGGCCCUCGGAUCACUCAAGCAGGUUGCUGGUUCUAAAAGCUGUCCAGAGUUUAGGAAGCAGCUACUAAGAGCACUGAUGAUAAGCGGCAUCACCCCAGGGGACAUUAUUCGUGCACAAGGGCUUGCAGAUCAGCUGAAGCAGCACAAGGCAUCGGCGCGUGACGAGGUCGAGGCAGUCAGCGAGGAGCUGAACAAACUAGGCGAGAUAAGUGCUGAUCUCUUGGGCGGCGAGGAUGAGAAGACGUCGGCACACCUAGAUUCAAGCGAGAUACAAGAAUUGCUCACGAGCUUUCUUAACACGACCUCGCAACAGGAUAUUCAGGCCUUUUUCGACUCAACUGUCGGUAAAAGAGUACAGGCUGCCUUUCAGGACUCUCAGUCCUCUAAUAGUGCGUUUUUGGACAGAGUGCUCGGGCUGGCGGGAAGUGUCAGCGGAUCAGUUCCACCAGACAUGUCUUUCGACUCGCUGCUGAAGCAGUUCGCCGAUACCUUGGAAAGCGAGGCACGCGAGAACCCGCAGAGGGUUCCGCGUUUGCUUCCUCCUGGUGCAAGUAAAAAGGAGCAGGCUGAGGAGUUGCUUAAACAAAGCAGGAAUUUCAGCCUGCACGUGGCGCCUUUUAUGCCCACUAAAGAAGAUGAUAAGAGUUCUCCAGAUGCAGCAAAUUGA